AUGGACACCUGGCCUUGGAAUAUCUUAAAUCAAUAUUGUCAAGAUCCCACUCAAAGAGCUUGGGUAUCAAAUCAACUUCGAUCAUCACCAAUUCCACCUGGACAAUCACCUGAAGAUUGGUUAUUGUCGAGAUCAAUGGUGGCUGAAGGUAUGACAGAAGCUGAAGCUUGGGCACAAGUUCAUGAUCUUCGUGGAACCCAAAACCAAAAUCAAGAUCAAAAUCAAGGUCAAAGUCAACAACGACAACAACAAGCUGAAGACGAUGCUAACAUGUUUUUAUCGCAUGAUCAUGGCCCAAUGUUGGGAUUCUCGGGAUUGACUAAUGGGAUCUAUCAAGAUCACUCAAUUCAGCAGCAACAGCAUCAUCAUUUCGAUGGACCGAGUCAACCACAAAACCCAUUCGGCUUUGUAUCCUUACAAGAUGUUGCUCCUCGACCUCAAGGACAAGCUCAAGCUCAAACUCUACAACCUCGAAAUAUCAAUCCGGUUCCCAACUUCUAUCCUGGCACAACUCAAAUUCUAGCUCAACAUCAACAGCCAGGUUUUCAUCAACAACAGCAACUGCAGCUACAUCAACAGCUGCAGCAGCAACAGCGAUUGCAAAUGCUGAUACAACAGCAACAACAGCAACAACGGCUAAAUGGUAAUGCUGGUCCUGGUCCUUCUACCUCAUCUCUACAAGCCGCUCAACAGUACUUACAACAAGUACAAGCACAAUCGAGAUCGCCACAACAAUACCAACCUCUACCCAUUGAUUUGACUCAAUUGGACAGUCCUCCUGCUAUUAUGAAUGAAAUAGGCCAGCUCCCGAAUCGAACAGAAUCACCGAUCAAGUUGAUUCCACCUGGAUCACUAAGAACCCCUUCUCCCUCUGCAACAUAUGAAUUAUCAAUUCAACCUGGACCAAGCAGGAAACGAUCUUUAGUCCCUGUGAGACCUCAAGAUCCAGCUAGAGUAGCUAAGAAGGUUAGAUCAGAUUCGUCAUCAAUCGAUCGAACACCCAAAUCAGAACCAAUCGAUGAAAAACCUAAGAUCGGCACAAGCACUUUCGUCACUGGAACCACGAGUAUCGAUGCAGUCACAAUGGACAGUUUAAGACCAUUACUUACUUCUGAAUCAUUGACACAACCUAAACCAGUACCGUUGUUCAAAAAUCUACGUAAAAGGGAAAAGAAGAACUCGGAUAUUAUAUUACCUCCUUUAUUUAUACCUACACCAAAUGAAGUGAAAGAAAUUGCAAGUAAAAUAAGGGAUAACGCUUCUCUGGAUUAUCUAGUUGCAAUGGCAAGUGAUGAUAGAUAUUGCGAAGUUUGGUCAAGUUGGUUAGCGAAAUCUUUGAAAGAUAUCUCAAAAUGGCAAGAAGCUCUUAUACCCAUUUUUCAGGUCUUGGGAAAAACGGAUAUGCCAAUGGAUUUAGUUGAAGAUACGAGGAUCAGGAUCAGAGCCAAGAAAGCUACGGAUCUUGCUGUUGACAAAAACGUGGCGAACAAAGAUGCCAUACAGUCCGCUUUUCAAAGAUACGAUAAUUACGUAGUGAAUGUACUUAUACCUAAAAAUAAAAGAAGUGCUCCAGACGAUGAUGAUGAUGAUUCUAACAACAAGAAAAGAAAGAUUGAUCAAGCUUCUAGAGAAGAUAUCAAACCUAAGAUCGACAACUCUUCCAAAUCUAUUUCAUCGAAAGUACCAGGUCCCUCUUCUUUCAACUCGAAGCCUACAGUGAAGCCCCUUCAUUCUUCGGCUAGCUCGAUUACGCCGAAAGCAGGAUCGAAAAGCGCUACUGAUAUGUCAUUCUUUGGAUCCAACCCAAACUCAAGCUCAUCUUCUGGUAUAGCCGGUAAAGGUAAAGGUAAAUUACCAGAAUUCAAGAAAAUCGAUCGAACCUCACAACCACAGGGUGCUGUCAAUCCGCCAGCUAUGUCGAGCUUACUACAAAAUGCCCUUCAAGCUUUAGGAGCCGUAUCCAAAACGCAACCAACAACUUCCAUUCCAAGUGGUAGUACAGCUGGCCUUUCGACAAUUGUCAAUCAACCUCUUCCCGCACCUUCUAAUGAUGUAAAAAAAGAAGAUGAUAAACCAAGAUAUACAUCAAAAGGUAAACUGAUAAGAAAUGUAAGAUUCAAAGAUUCAAUCAAACCUGAAGAUGGAGGUGGCGCAUUAGAACAGAUCAAAGAAUUCACACAAGAAACAUAUGAAUCGGAAUUACCACCUUGGAUAAACGAAGAUGAUGUCCAUGGUCAAAGUGCACAUCAAUUAGAUGUAGCUGAAGGUGCAGCGAUGGCGAGAAGUCAUGGUACGAUAGACUGGUAUGAGCCCAUUCCAUAUUACGAUUUACCUGUACAACCUACAACAGCAGAAACUGAGAUUCAAAAUGAACGUGAACGAGGUAUACUAGCCAUAUCGUAUCCACCCGGUAUACCAGUCCCUGAUCCUUCUAAGUCUGGUGUGCAAGUCAUAGAACAUAAUUCGCAGACUAGAAUAAUGGAUGCGAUGGAUGAAAGUCAUAGGAUACUUGAAUAUCAAUCAAGAGGUGCUUAUCGUGGAAGUGGAAAUGGACAAACUCAAAUCCCAAAUCAUCAUACAAUGACACAAGGAAACUCAGUUAGCGAUCUGCUUAAAGGAUUACAAAAUGUUUUACCUACUUCAUUAACUCCAACGCAAUCACAACAUAAUCCGUAUGCUGGAGUAGGUAACGCACAUUCAUAUAACAAUUAUUAUGGGAAUCAACAACCUCCUCAACAAUCUUGGGGUCAAUCACAACCUUCUGCAUCUUAUGGCGAUAGACCAUCUUGGGGCGGACAAAACAAUUACGCGUCUUCCAGCAACUAUGACAAUAGAGGAAUGAGACCUAUAGAUAGGGAUAUGAACGUUCCUGUCUGUAGGUUCUGGUCAAGGGGAGAGUAA